AUGCGUAAAGAAAAAGAACGUGGUGGAAUUGGCCGAAACAAUUCAAAGGGGAAGAAUAAAGCUAAAGAACCAGAAACAUUUGAAGAGCUAAUGGAAGAGGGUGUUAAGCAGGAAGAGAAAGGUGAGCGUUAUCAAACGGGAGAGAAAGCAGAACGGUUCUAUGAACGAGCGCGAGAACUUUACGCGAAAGCACACGAAAAAAAACCCAACGACGCGGAUUGCUUAUAUAAUUGGGGUCGAAUUCUCUAUAUUCUCGUGAACUUCAUUCCUUCUUAUUCACCACCAGAACCAAAGCUCUCGCUUCUCGCGCAAUCCAUCGAAAAAUUUCGUGCUGCCCUUGCGAUUGAUCCGGAUAACGCUGAUGCAUUGUUUAAUCUUGCUCAGGCGUUAACCAGUCAGGCAGAUGUAAUUAGAGAGCGAGACACCGAAGGGUUAGAUGACGCAAUUGCGUCAUAUCGUGAGGCUGUUCGGUCAUUCGAGCGAGUUUAUGUAAUACAACAAAAAGAAUUGAUGAAUUCACAACAACAGCAGCAAAAUGAACCUGGCAAUGAUAAAGGAUUAAACACUGGAUUAUUGCCAUCAGGUGGCGGCGUUCCAAGUGUUGGAUCAUCAACAUCUUUGAUCUCUGCGUUGGAGGAUUUGGGUCUGAAAGAAAAUGGGAAAAAAACUUUAAACGAUGCUGAACAAAUAAUUACAGAAGUUACAGAAGUAACGCCGGUUACCACCGAGACACUGAUUGACACACUAAUUUCGAUUGCUCAUACGUUGUCGUGUCUUUCGGCUAUUGUUGAAUCACCCGAGUAUGCCGAAAAAUGUUAUAUACAGGCAAUUCAAAAACUUGAGCUCGCAUUGGCGUUUAAUGUCCCCUCAAAAGAAUCGGAGAUUCAGCAUCAAUGGGCAAAUGUGUAUUCAACACAAGCUGAACGUGCAUUUGCCGAAACAGGUAGCGUGGAGCAAGUAGAAAGGCUCUACGAAAUUGCUGCUCAGAAGAUGAACAGCGUUAUUGAACAAGAUGCCGCGAAUGUUGAAGCUAUUUGUGAUCGAGGAGAUUUGCUGACCGAAUAUGCUAACACACUAAUGAAAUCUGUUGUGCUGAGUAAACUCGAUCACGAACCGGAGCGACAAGAAAAAAUUCGUGAAUUAUUUGAUCUUGCGAUCAAAUCAUUUACACUUGCAUUAGAAAUUGAACCGAAAAAUUCUGCAAUUCUUGAGAAACUCGCGUCACUUAAUUUCACAAUGUCCUUGUUACCGUUGGCCGCAAUGGAGAAAAGUAAACCCGAAUUACAUAAUAACGCGUUAAAAUAUUAUAAGAGGGCUUUAGAAGCUGACCGAGAUAAUCUCGACACUUAUUUGUGUUACGCGUUGGUCAUGUGUCACGUACCUGGAAAAGAUGGUGAUGAAGUGGUCCAAACUUUAGCCGAGUUUAUAGAACGAGGCGGAACCAGAGAGUUCGUGGAGGAAUGGCAAAUGGAGAAUCGUGAAUUGUUGAGGAGUAGCACAAUUGGGAAAGAAUAUGCAAGUCGGGUGAUUGAAACCUGCUUCUCUUCAAAUGCGAAAAAACGUCAUGGCUGA